AACGACACCAAGAAAAUGUAUGCAAUGAAAUACAUGAACAAGCAGAAAUGCGUUGAGCGAAAUGAAGUGAGAAACGUCUUCAAAGAGUUGCAGAUCAUGCAGGGUCUUGAACACCCUUUCCUUGUUAAUCUCUGGUACUCCUUCCAGGAUGAGGAAGACAUGUUUAUGGUGGUAGAUCUGCUUCUUGGAGGUGACUUGCGUUACCACCUACAGCAAAAUGUCCGUUUCCAAGAGGAUGCUGUGAAACUCUUCAUUUGUGAGCUGGCCUUAGCCCUGGACUACCUCCAAAGCAGAUGCAUUAUUCACAGGGACAUCAAGCCAGACAACGUCUUGCUGGAUGAAUAUGGACAUGUGCAUAUCACAGAUUUCAAUAUUGCCACAGUACUAAACAAGGACAUGCAGGUCACCACCAUUGCCGGUACAAAGCCAUACAUGGCACCUGAGAUGUUCAGCUCCACAAAACCUAUUGGCUACUCCUAUGCCGUUGACUGGUGGUCAUUGGGUGUAACAGCCUAUGAACUUCUGAGAGGCCGGAGGCCAUAUCAUAUCCGCUCAAGCACUGCUGCAACGGAAAUUGCCCAUGUGUUCAAGACAGCCACAGUAAUGUAUCCUGCUGCUUGGUCAAAGGAUAUGGUGUCAUUAAUCCAAAAGUUGAUGGAUGUAAAUCCGGAUGAACGGUCUUCUCAACUGAGUGAUAUCCAAGACAUUUCUUAUUUGGCUGAUAUCAACUGGGAUGCAGUUUUACAGAAGAGAAUAAUGCCUGGAUUCAUUCCAACCAAAGGCAAGUUGAACUGCGACCCGACCUUUGAACUUGAAGAAAUGAUCCUGGAGUCUAAGCCACUUCAUAAGAAAAAGAAACGCUUGGCCAAGAAGGAAAAAGAAAGCAGUAAAGGUGAUUCCAUGGAGGCUUACAUCCUUCAGAAAAACCUGGAGUCACUCGAAAGGGACUUUCUCAUUUUCAACAGAGAAAAGAUGAGGAAACAACAUAAUGAAAUGCAAGAGAACCUGACACUGGCACAAACCAAAGAUGACCAGGAAGAAGAAGAUGACCAGAAUAAUAAUCUGUGA